AUGGCGGGAGACGUGGGGCGGGAAGCUGAUGGCCAUGCCGAUGCGACGAACAGCGAAGGUCGAGUCGCAGGCAACGGGGAGAAUAGGGCCGAGACGGCGAGCGACGGAUCUGCGAUGCGGAAGGACGGGCACGACCGCGGCCCGCGACACGGGGACGAGGGGGAGGGCGCGAGCGCAGGGCGUGCGGAGGCGGAGAAGGGAGGGGAGGGGCAGGGAGAGCCGCGCCGCAGCAGGGCGGACGAUGAGGAGGGGUGCGAUGGGGAGGGCGAGACAAGGGGAGAGGUCUCGGAUGGUGGAGAAACGGGAGAGACGAGUGCGAGUAAGCGCGCGAACGGCGAACUCGACGUGCGCGGUGACAGGGGAGCGCAGAUGAGUGCCAGGAUGGACGAUGCGCGCACGACGACGGUUCGUGCCAAGAGAAAAUUCGAUUCGGAGGGGCAGGAAGCUGUGGAGGCGAAUAAACGCACUGCUCGAGCAGAGGAGGACGAGAGGGGGGACGAGGGCGAAGAGGGCGUGGUACGUGCAAGCACGGGAGAGACACGCGAGGGUCAUGGCGUGAGAGAUCUGCUGGCCGGGAGCAGCAGUGGAGCGGCGAAAGGGCCAGGGGCAGUGCAGGGUGAACAACAACAGCUGUUUGGUCGAGUGGUGGAUCACAGUGACGCUGUGGAGCAGGGCGAUACACUGGAAGAGAGCGGUGACGAGAGACAAGGCGACGCGGAGAAGCAAGGCGACGAAGAGACGCAAGGCGACGUGCAGGAUCGGAGGGCGGAUGUAGGGCAGUGUGCGACGCAGCAGACGCAAUGCGCAGGCGGCGGUUGCGAGGCAGGUGGCUUGGCGCGGCAGGGAGACGAGGCGGAGGCAGCGCGUCCUCAGGACGAGCGAUGGUCCGUGGCACAGGAGCUUGGAAAUCAAUCCUCCGUCGCCCCACACGCUGCACAUGCAGCCGCUUCCGCAGCGGACGGUGCUGCUGCUGCUGCCAAUCCCGCAGUACCUCUUGAGCCCCCCCUUGCUUUCGGUGACCCUGCAGCGCCAAGUGCAGGAGGCGGGGUGACGAUUGGCGGUGCAGCAGGUGGCGGGAGCCUCCCCUUGCUUCCAGUGCAUGCCGGGGGCGCUCUCGCGCUCCCCCCUGCCCAUGAGCGUGACUCGGGUUGCGAUUCCGGAUCCGGUGCGCUGCUGGAGUGCAGUGGCAGCAUGUCGCCCGUGCAUCACACCUCCCCAAAUGACGCCCCACCCGCCUCCCACCCUCUGCUGCUCUCCCCUGCACCUCACUUGGGUGCCACCACAAUGCAGCUUGCAGCUCCUGCUGAUGCAACGUCGCCAGACACGGGGGGGAGCGGAGGAGGUGGAGGUGCAGGGGGGGGCCGAGGAGGGCGAGGGGACGGAGAAGGAGCGGCGGGUGUGAGUGAUGGGAAGCUGUUUCGCGGGGUGAGGCAGAGGCAUGAGAACCGGUGGGUGGCAGAGAUCCGGUACCCGAAGAAGCGCUCACGCGUGUGGCUGGGCACGUUCAGCACCCCCGAGGAGGCGGCGCGCGCGUACGACCGCGCGGCCAUCAAGCUGCGCGGGCCCAAGGCGCGCACCAACUUCCCCCACCCCGCGCUCGCGGAGUGGCAGCCCCUGGCGGGGUAUGCGGGCGUGGAUCGUGCCAUGGGCGCGGCUGUGGGGGCGGCGGGGGGCGUGCUGAGCGAUGGCAGCGAGGGAGCAGUUGGGACCGGUGGAACGGGGCAUGGCGGGGGCGAGGAGUGGAGCAAGCGGGCGAGAGCCACACAGAGCCCUAUACGGCCUGGCCAGCAGGUGGUUGCUGCUGCAAGCGGGGGCAGUGCGAGGCAUGGGGGCGAGCGAGCAGACACGUGGAGCGUUAAAAGCGAGGAGCGUGGAGGGCAUGGAGAGGCAGUGAAUGGUGGUGUGGGGAGGCAGGCGGGCAAGGAAACGGUGUCACAGCAGUGGCAGCAUGCAGGCGCAGCGGCACUACCGCCUUGUGCCGGGCCUGCUGCUGCUGGUGGUGGUGCAGGCGUGGCAGGGCAAGUGGUGCAACACAUGCAGCAGCAAGGUCUGGCGGAGAGGCUGCAGCAAAGCAGCGCCCCUACAGGCAAUGCGGUGGGCAGCGACGCUCAGAGGCUGCUGCUGGGGCUCAUUGCUGCCAAUGCACAUGCUGCUGCUGCAGGCACGGCAGGAGGAGGGCCGGGUGGGGAGAGGCACAUGGCAGAUGGGGGAGAUGCAGCCGCAGCAGCAGCUGCAGCACAGGUGGCGGCGGCAGCAGCAGCAGGGAGCCGGGUGGGGAUCGCGGAUAAGCUGCUGCUGCUGGCCGUGCAACAGCAGGCGGAGGCGCAGCAGCAGAUGCAUUUGAGGCAGGCGGAGGCGGUGAGGCAGGCGCUGCUGUCAGUGGCCCCGGAGCAGAGGCAGCAGCUGCUGCUCGCCCUGGCGCAGGGCGGCAUGCUGCCCUUGGCAGCGCUGCUGCAGACACCAGCGCAGGCACAGGCGCAGGCGCAUGCACAAUCACAGGUACAGGCAGUGUUGCAAGGGCAGGGGUGGAACGCGCAUGACACAGGUGGUGAGGGGCUCCUUGCAGCGCUUCUGGCGAAGGUGGGUGGGGAGGAGAAGAACAAUGCAGGGAACGUGAUUCACGGGCUGCUGGCAGGGAUGGUGCCUGGCAGCAGCGCUGCUGUCAUCAACUCCCUGGCUGCGCUGCUGGGAGGGGGGCAGGGUGGCAGCAGUGUGCGUGGGCCCCAUGCGAGCCAUGAGUGGCUGGCGGCCGUGAGGCAGCAAGGCUCCACUCAUGGGCCUGCUGCAUCGGCUGCUGCCACAUGCAGUGCAGGUGUGGGGCCGGGGGACGGCAGGGAGGCAGGGGCAGGCGCAGCAGUGUCACAGCACUCCUUCCUCCCGGCACAGUGGGAGACGGGCGUGCGACAGGGGGGAGGAAUGGUGGUUUCCGCUCCUGCUCGAAUGUCGCACAUCCUUCAUCCCGUCCGUUGCCACGUGGCACUUCGGCUGUUGCCCCUCCACCCCCCACCGUAUCUCCGCUCUUUCUCCCUCUGCUCUUCGUUUCCUCCUGCGUCCCUCCCCAGUCGCCCCUCGCGCCGUCUCAUUCCGUCUCUCCUCCGGACGCGGCGCAUCGCCGCCACCUGCUACAUCCGACCCGCCCCACCUCCCUCCCCACCAUUUGCCCGCGCCCCUUCCGCCUGCUGCGCCCCGCCGCACUGCGUGUCCAACGGGCGACUGGAUUCCGCGCGCUCACUCAGCCAGGGGAACGAGGGGCGCACCAGUGGCAUGCGCGGAAUGAGCGGCUUUGGCGCGGAGGCGGCUGGCGCCCGGGCGGAAGCAGCGACAGGCGUAGCGGUGGAGGGGGAAAGCCGAUGUGAGUCGAACGGAGCUGCGCGAACGAUUGGCGAGGGCGGGGAACGAGGGGGAAGCGAGGGGAAGACGGGCGACCAAGGGGAGGGGACGGCGGUGACGGGUGCGGCGACGGCGCGGACAGGCGCGGGGGAGGAGUUGCCCCCUGCUGUAGGGGCAAGGGGCAGCGAGAAGCGGGGCAAGGGAAAGAAGGGAGGCGGAAGGGAAAAGGGCGAGAGUGCAGGCGAUGGCAGGGGGGAUGAAGGGGGCGGGGGAGAGCAGCGGAGCAAGGGCAAGCGGGGCGCGGGCAUGGUGGUGGGGGGGUACGAGGUGGAGGGCGUGUCGGUGGGCGGGCAGGAGACGUGUGUGAUAAUACCGAGCAUGCGCGUGGCGUUUGACAUCGGCAGGUGCCCUGCACGCGCUGUGUUCCAGGACACCGUGCUCAUCUCCCACACGCACAUCGACCACGUGGGCGGGCUGGCGUUCCACGUGGCGACGAGGGGGCUGUUCUCACUGGCGCCGCCCACAGUGGUGGUGCCGCCAUCGGCCGUGCAGGGCGUGACGGCCAUGAUACAGUGCUUCCAGCAACUCGACGGCAGCACCCUGCCCCUCCAACUCAUACCCCUCCAGGUGGGCGAGGAGAUGUGGGUGAAGAAGGGCUAUGUGGUGCAGCCGUUCACCACGUACCACGUGCUGCCCAGCCAGGGCUAUUUGAUCUCGUCUCGCAGGCACAAGCUGCUGCCGCAGUACCAGGGCUUGCCAGGCGCUGAGAUCAAGCGACUCAAGGAUGCCGGCACACAGAUAACGGAGGAGGUGGAGGUGGGCGAGGUGGCGUUCACAGGCGACACAACAGCGGAGUUCAUUACGGACCCUGCCAACGCUCAUGUGCUGCGCGCCAAGCUGCUCAUCAUGGAGGUGACGUUCAUUGAUGACUCGGUCACCAUAGAGCAUGCAAGGAAGUUCGGCCACAUUCACAUCAACGAGCUGCGCCCUCUGGCGCACAUGUUUCAGAACGAGGCCAUUCUCUUCAUCCACUUCUCAGCGCGAUACAACCGCCAUGUCAGUACACCACCCCCCUCACCCGCGCCCAUGCACUGCUCGCGCCACGAGUUGCCGUCGGUUGGCCCUGGCACGUGCCCCUUUCGCCAUUCCUGCUCAUGCGCCUGCUCGCUGCUUGCUGCAGGAGAUAUUGGAGAGCAUUGCUACACUGCCAGAGCCGUUGAGAAGCAAGACGAGCGCGCGCCUCCCAUGGACGUGCUGGCGCGGGGAAUCCGUCCCCCGCCUCCCCUUCUCCGCCCCGCUUUCCUCUCCUCCCCCUCGUCCCCGCGCGCCCGUUACCAUCCCCCGAUCCGGAUCAACGUCCGCACUGCCAUCCACGCGCCUCCCGCACUCCGCUGGUCCGCGCUGAGCCACGCGCGGGGAGGCGUAUUGGCGGCGCACAGAGGUUGGGCGCAAGGGACAUCGCGCGAAAAAUGUGGGCGGUGGUGGAGCGGCAUGGCGGAAGGAAGCCGGGCGGGGCGCUGUAGGGGCGGCGAUAGGCAACGGUAUAGACCGGUUGAAGUGCGUGCUGCUAGCGCGGGACGCGGGGAGGAGGGGCGAGUAGGUUCGGCGGAGCACGAGAGGGCGAACGGUUGGGGCGCGGACGAUCCGCAGGCGCGGGCGGCGGAUGGAGGAGGGACGGUUGGAGACGAGGCGGUGGGGGAAGGGCAGACAGAGGCGGAGACACGUGACGACGAGGGUGGGGGGGUGGGCGGGGUAGGGUGGGAGGGUGGCGGGAUUCCGCGAGAGGUGGCGGAGGCAAUGCUGCAGGUGAGCGUGCAGGCGCUGGGGCGAGGAGAGGUGCAAGCAGGCGUGGGGGAGGCGAGGGCGCAAGCAAGCGACGGCGAAAGCAUCAGUAGAACAGCGGAUCAACAAGAUCACGAGCACGAGCAUGCGCGCAGCAGCGCCUCUGCAUCGUCGUCCAAUGGCGCAGCGACGGCGCCCGUUCCCUCUGCCACGCAGCUCGCCCCCGCCGCGUCACCACGCACGCAAGCGCGAAGCCAGCCACAAGCAGCGCCACGCGGUGCAGAGGGGCCGCCCUGGGCGGCACAGGCGGGGGGGCGCGCAUGGGGGCGGGGAGAUGGGGGCGGCAGCGGGCGGGCAUACAAGAACUUGUUCCUGGCGGUGGCGAUGUGGCAGACGCACGUGGAGCGCGCUGUGGACCGGCUGUUCCGCGACGAGCUCGCCCGCCGCGCACUCGUCACCACGGCCCUGCUGGCGCUGUCCCGCGUGGGGUAUGCCGUGCCGCUGGCGGGCCUCAAGGAGGCCAGCACUGCCACCCACGACCACCCGCUGCUCAUGGCCGCCGGGUUGGAUCUGGAGGUGGCAUCACCGGGAGGUCCCAUCAACCUGUUCGCUCUGGGCAUUACACCGCACAUAUUCGCCUCCAUCAUCCUUCAGGUGGUGUUGGCGCUGCGCAUCUCACCGCAUCUCAACAACCUGCGCAACGAGGGUUCAAGGGGUGCUGCACUCAUCCAACGAUACACCUUCUACGUGUCAGCGGGGCUGGCGGUGGUGUUUGGCGGGCUCACAGCAUGGACGUCCAUGGACUGCUCUGGCGCCCUCAGAGUGUGGCUGCCGUCGUUCCUGCGCGCGUCCCUGGCCCUGGCGGCGGGCUCCACCCUGCUGCAGGGCCUCUGCUCCGCCAUCACCAAGUUCGGCCUCGGCGAGGGCUACUCGCUGCUCAUCUGUCUGAGCAUCCUGUCGGGCUUCACAGCAUCGCUGCAGCCCGCCCUCGCCCUCUUCAAAGAGCGUCUGCUGUCGGACCCACACGUGGCGGCACUGCUGGCGCUGCUGCUCACGCUCUUUGUGCUCACCACCUUCGCGGCUGCAUGGCUCGUGGGGGGGGUGCGCCGUGUGCCGCUGCUCUACUUUGACUUCAACAUCACCACGCCCUCUCUGGAGGAGAGGGCGCAGGUGCAGCCAGUGGUGCCGUUCCCGCUCAUCCCCCAGGGCAUGUACCCCGUCUUCAACGCCUCCCUGCUCGCCUCCUCCGUCACCAUGAUUCUCCGGGAGGUGGGUGGGUACAACGUGGCUGCUGCUCCCCUGCACCUGCGCGCACUGGGCCACACAGCCGUGUUCCUCAUCACCAUUCUCUUCAACAUAUACGACCUGGACGACACGAUAAAGGACAUAGCGGACAGUCUGGUGGCGAUAGGGGCGAGGGUGCGGCAUGUGAGGCCAGGGGCGGAGACAGCCGAGUUCCUCAGAGACGCACGUGACUCCACUCGCUUCCUUGGUGGUGUGCUGCUAGCAUCCAUGGCGUCUGCAUCAUCAGCACUUAGUCUGUUUGUCUACCGAAUCUCAGGGAUCUCCAUAGCUUUCACAUCACUUCUGAUCAUUGUUGGCUCCAUCAUAUCUCUGCGCCGCACCAUAGAGAGUUAUCUCCAAGUCACCCAUCUCAUGCAAACACUGUCACGCUUUCAGAUCAAGACUGCUACCUGA